AUGGCUAUGAACGCGAUUCAGCUCGGCCUUCGGCUGUGGGAGUUCCUAUGGACCCUGCUGGUCAUGGCCCUCGUUGGUAACAUGAUCGCCGAUUCAUUUAGCGGAAACCCUGCGACCGUCAACUAUGCCAUGUUUGUGUCGGCAUUUUCCAUGUUCUCGCUGUUCUACUUGGUGCCAGCGUCCUUUAAUCUCGACUGGGCGAUCCACCCGAUCAUCAUGAUCGUCUUGGACACUCUCAAUGCGAUUUUCUUCCUUACGGCCGGUAUCGCAUUGGCCGCUAGGCUCGAGGCCCACAGCUGCAGCAACAACCUCGGGAUCUGA